GACAUGCGGGCAAGGCUCAAGGAGAUGGGCCAGCCAAUCUACGGCAGAAAGGACGAGCUGUGGGCCAGGCUCAGCGAUGCGGAGCGGAGGCUCACGGCGCACCACCUGAAGAUGAAGGAGUUGGAGCGCAGGCACGAGGAGUCCGUUCAGGGAGGACCCGCGAUAGCACCGCGAGAAGUAGCAGGGCCAGCAGCGCCCACGGAUGCAGAACGAGCAGCUCAUGAACUGCUGCACCUCACGAGGGCGCCGUGGCGCGAAGCCUGCGUGCGGGGGAACGAGACGACCAAGCCGCACAAGACCCUCACAUUCGACCAGAAGGACACUGGGAAGGCGCAGAUCACCCUGGACUUCUGCUACCUGGAGACCAACGGCGACUGGACGGAGAUCGGAGAUGAGGAGCCGCCAGCGGCGGACAUCUUCGCGACGACGCUCGUGAUGGCAGACAGGGGCACGCUGAUGUUCAAUGCAGUCUCGAUGCCCACCAAGGCGGUCACGGACUACGCAAUAGCCAGCGUGAGCAGCUUCAUUGAGGGCAUGCAUCUCACGACGGCGGACAUCAAGACGGACGGCGAGCCCACGAUCGUCAACCUGGUGGAGGAGGUGCGGAAGAGGCUGAGCAAAAGCAUCAAGCUGGAAGAGAAGCGUGGGAACCUGAAGGACAGCCAGAGCAUGGGCGCGAUUGAGGCUCCGAUCAGAUGGUUUCAGGCGAAGGUGAGGACGUACAAAUUCGACCUGGAGAAGCGCUAUGGCAUGAAGAUCACAGCGGACGCACCGAUCUGGUGUUGGCUUACACGAUACGUUAGCUGGGCUACCUCUACGUACCGACCACGAGCCGAUGGGAGGACGUCCCAUCAGGCAGCCUACGGAGUGACCUACAACGGAGAGAUUCUCCCCUUUGGCGAGACGGCUCUCUUCAAGACCCCGAUCUCCCACACGAGGCAGAUCACGGCUACGUCCCUGAAGCAUAAGGGCGAGUCGAGUUUCGUGAAGGGCAUCUGGAUCGGGAAGCACAAGGAGAGCGACGACCACCUGUUCUUGACGCCAGCGGGCUGGCACCGCGCAAGAACAUGCAGGCGGCUGGAGCCAGCAUUGCGGGCAGAUGACAAGCUGAUG